AAAAGUAAAACUGUCAACCUGGAUGACAAGGUUUUAGUUGAUCAACUUUUACCGAGCAAAUAUCACCAAUGGAUGCAAGUAACAAAUCUAAUAGUUUCACUGAGAACCUCGUCGACCAAAAAGAUAUGGAUACAAAAAGUAAUAGGAAUUCUUCGGACUCCCAGCCCCCGACUCCUCCUCCACCCUAUGUCGAUGGAUUCAAUUGCAAAUACGAAAACAAUGCAACGGUCAUCAACGUAAAGGAAGAGACUGUAAAAAAUGGCAGUGCAUCCACGGACAGUAUCCUUGCCAUGGACAAUUCAGAAAAAGAUCCUAUGUUAAACGAAGAAACGGAUGCACCGACUUUAAAAGUCGAACGCCAGGGACUGAUAUAUAAAGUCAGCGAAAGCCCCCCUGUUCAUCUUUUACUUUUCUUUUGUUUUCAGCAAUGCCUUCUAUGCCUGAAAUCGAGUAUAAAAUCCACCAUGCUGGUUUCUGAAGUUAUGUGCGCCAGAAACCACGGGGAAUUUAAGUCACUUAUCAUGUCAAUGAGUCUCCUCAUGUCUGGAAUGUGCACCUUUCUGCAGAAUACCGUGGGAUUCAGAUUGCCCGUCUAUCAGGGCCCUAUUGCAUCCUAUGUGCUCCCCCUUGUGGUUCUGCUUGAUGUGCCACAAUACGCAUGCCCAGACAUCCAUACGUAUUAUAAUCAAACAAUCGGUAACGUUUCUGAAGUCAGUGAGGUGGUGAUAAAGGAUCUGUACUUCCAAGAAGUCAUCAUUCCCAGAUUUUUGCAGAUGUCUGGUGCGUUAAUUCUGGCGGGUUUCCUACACAUGUUUGUUGGUUUAACAGGAACCGUGGGGUUUUUGCUGAGAUUCAUUGGCCCUAUCACAGUCAUUCCCACAAUUCUUCUGAUCGGAAUCAACGUUUAUACCAUCACGUACAAGUUCUGCAGUACCCAUUGGGGUGUUUCCCUUUUCACUGCAGGCAUCGUUCUCAUCUUAUCUCUGUACAUGGACCGAUGGAAUAUGCCAAUACCUCUUUGGACGCCUAAGAAAAAAAUUCACAUCAUUCGAUUUCCACUACAUCAAGUCUUCUCGAUGUUAAUUGCCGCAACUGUUGGAUGGACAACGUGUGUAAUUUUGACAAAUAUGGGCGUGUUCAGUGACGAUCCGAACAGUCCGGAGUUUUUUGCCCGGACUGACACCAGAAAUGAUGUUAUCCACAAAACACCCUGGUUUAUAUUUCCUUACCCUGGCAUGUACGGGACCCCUGGCUUUGAUGUCGGCGUUUUCUCGGCCUUUCUGACAGCCACCAUUGGUUCUAUACUGGAUUCUAUCGCGGACUAUUACGCCGUUGCUAGAGUGGUGCGUGUUCCCUCGCCCCCGGUCCAUGCAAUGAACAGGGGGAUUCUAGUAGAGGGGUUCAUGAGCAUGAUGGCGGGUUUCUGGGGCGCAGCUCACGGGACAACGACAUAUGCUGGAAACAUUGGAGUCAUCGGUCUAACAAAGGUGGCAAGCAGAAUCAUUUUCCAGAUGCUUGGUAUCAUGCUAAUGGUACUUGCUGUUUUUGGUAAAUUCACCAGUGUCCUCAUAACCAUCCCCUACCCAGUGGUCGGAGGACUGCAGGUCAUUGGUUUCGGUAUAUUCCUUGGACUUGUGUUUGGAAACCUGCAGUACAUUGACAUGAACUCUACCAGAAACCUUGCAAUCAUAGGCUUAUCAAUUUUAUGGGGUCUUAUCAUUCCUUACUGGUCAAAAUUAAAUGGCGAUGACGUCAUCCAUACAGGGAGUGAUCAUGCUGACAACUUUUUGAAGAUGUUGACAAGAAAUCCGAAUUUUUCUGGUUUUCUUAUUGCCCUUAUUUUGGACAAUACUGUGCCAGGGACUCUGAAGGAACGUGGUAUGUUGAUAUGGCAGGGAGGGAACGAUGAAGAUGGGGCGGAUCAAGACGAAAAUUUGGAGGAGGGGCGGGAGGUUUAUGACAUCCCAUGUCUGACCAGAAUCCUGAAGAAAUACCGAAUUUCGUCAUACAUUCCAUUUUUACCCACUUACAACCCAAAUCAAACCAAGAAAGCUAACUAGGUCAAUGUCAAUUCAUUCAAAAAUGAAUACUAUUUAAUUUAUUAUAUGAAAAUAUAAAGAAAUAAACAGAAACUUUCACUUACGAAAUUGUCAUUUGCACAUCCAAACUGACACAAGAGAUGUAUAUUUAAAUGCAUCAAUUUUUUGAAUAUUUAUUUUUGUGUCAAUAAGAAUAAAACUGAAAUUACCCAUGCAACCCCUUACCCCGUCCAAUGAGGUAAUAUAUGUUAUAUAUAUAAAGGACAGCAGAAUAUGUAUGUUACCAGUAGAAUCAUAAUUGAAUAUUUUUUUCUCCCGUUCCCGAACACAAUUCUACUUAUUUUAAAACCUACUGUUUUGUUUUAUCAACCUCAAAUGAAAUCACUUUUUCUGAUAUAUCAUUGCAUGGAUGAAACUAGUCACCAUUAAUAUUAACAUUCAAUAUCCUUCAUCCUGAAACUGUUCGCGAAAAGUAAAGUUCAAAAUUCAAAAUAAGGACAACAGAUCUUUUAUGUUCUCCUCAUUAGCAAUCGUUUGCAUCUGAUUCACUUUUAAAACUAGUUGCUAUCCUUAUAAACGAUACACAUGUCAGUUAUCUUUAUGCAUGUAAAUGAUAUUUUCACUAUAACCCGCAAAAACUUAACAUAUCUCAACAUUCCAUGGUCCUGUCAUGUUGUAAAUUUUGUAUUUACACCCACCCAGUAAAUUCAAAAUUUACAAUAUGACGGUCCCUUGCAUCGUUUAAAUUGUUUGUGUUCAUAAAAUAGAACUGAAAGAGUCUGAUAUAAACAUCGAUUUAUAUUCCUUGUCAUACCAUGUAGAUUAUUAUCAACACCAUUAGAAAUGUUGGGGUACUUUUACUCACUGUUAAAAUAGUUGAAGAUGUUCAAUCUUUAUAAGAACCGCAGAAGUAUCACGCUAUAUCAAAACGUGGUUUAUACAGAAACACAACAUCAUUGUAAUUAUGCAAUUAUAAAAUCAUGUAAUUAAAAAUAAUUUUAGUUGUCAUUUGUGAAAUGAAAGGUAUCUCCUUGUUUAUUUGAUUUAACUUACAUGUACACUAAAAUUAUGAAAAUGAAUGGUAAAAUAAAGAAAUGCCACUUUA